GGCGGCCGCCUAGGAGCGACAUGGGCCGUGGGCUGCCCCUGCUCCUGCUGGCGCUGCUGGCGGCCCCGGCGCGGGCUGAGGGCGGCACGGCGGCGGCGGAGGAGGUUCAGAUCGAGGUGCUGCACCUCCCCGAGGCCUGCAGCCCGAAGAGCAAGAAGGGCGACCUGCUGAACGCGCACUAUGACGGGUUCCUAGCCAGCGACGGAUCCAAGUUUUACUGCAGUCGGACGCAAAAUGAAGGCCAUCCAAAAUGGUUUGUUCUGGGUGUUGGACAAGUCAUAAAAGGCUUAGAUAUUGCUAUGAUGAAUAUGUGUCCUGGAGAAAAACGGAAAGUGACAAUUCCUCCAUCAUUAGCAUACGGACAGCAAGGAUAUGCACAGGGCAAGAUUCCACCCAAUGCAACAUUGGUCUUUGAGAUUGAACUUUAUGCAGUAAAUAAGGGACCUCGUAGUGUUGAAGCAUUUAAUCAAAUAGACAAGGACGGUGACAAGAAACUCUCUGAACUUGAGAUAAGCCAGUAUUUGAAAGAAGAAUUUGCAAGAGAUGGCAAAAAACGUCAUCCCUCCGCCCAUGAUGAAAUCUUAGCUGAUAUAUUUAAGAAGAAUGACCAUGAUGGAGAUGGCUUCAUAUCAGCAAAGGAAUACAAUGUCUACCAACACGACGAACUCUAAGUACUUAAAAAAAAUAUUUGGCUGUUUUCUGGACACUGAAUUCUAAAUAAUAAUACUUUUUCAUGGAAUUUUUGUAUUUUUUUUUAUAGUGGAAUCUUUUUAUAUCUUUUAAGGUGACUGUAAAAAUCUUAUUUUUAACAUUCAGCUAAGAAAAUGUGUCAGAUCUUUCAAAAGAAAGAAAUAAAAUUGAAGUACACCAUGAGCUACUAUUUGUGGUUCCUACAUGUUCCAAUCUACAGUAUUGCACAGUAGUCUCCUUUGGUGAAAUACUGAUGAAAAUAAUUAUUUCUGUUCUAUUGAGCACACAAAACUUAAGUAUCCUUUGACAUAGCUGGAGUGUAACUGAUGAACACUUCUCAAUCCCCUGUAAAAUAAAAAUGGAAAACAGAAUCCCAGGAAUACAACUCUUAGACCACUGCAGGCUUCUAGCCUAGCUUCUUGAGGAAAGGCCAUUUGCAGCACUUAACUAGAAAAGACCUUAAAAUAGGCAAACUUUAGUCUAUGGAAUGUUAAGAUGAAAACAAAUAUGUUUUUAAAGCCAUUUAAAAUAACCUCUUUGAUGUAAUAUUAACAUAAAGAAUUUGGUAUUGAAGAAAAAGCAGUAUUUUCAGUGAGUUUUUAAACUUUGACUUAGUGAAAUUAUCAAGUUAGCCAGUUUAUUCAGCAGCACCAAGUUAAAAAUCUACACUAUCAUCAUUUAACAGAAUGAGGUGGGAGAUGAUGGGAGCUACUACAGAUACUUACAGAUACUACAAUUACUUAAUUACUUGGGAGUCAUUCUGGUUUUCCUCACUGGAAAAAUACCAAGUAGCAAUAGUUAGUAGACAGUACUUACAUCUGUUAACUGUUCUGCUUGUGCAGAGCACAUCAUAACACUUGUAUAAAAAACUUCACUCUUCUCACAUGAAAAGCAAUGCCUGUAUUCAUUUCAACAUAUAAUAAUCAGAUGAACACAGUGAAAGUGGCAGCACACAUGAAAGAAGCUUCCAUAGCUGGGUUAUCCUUAAAAUAAUUUUAAAAGGUGUAAAAAGGUUUUUGCUCUGCCAGGAUAAAACUGUGGUGAGAGGUUUAACGGUGCCCUGCCCCAGCCUUGGACACAGCUCUCUGGUGUUCCAGUCUUCAAAAUACUCCAUUUCCUGAGGCUGGGAUGCACCUGUUAAAGACCUAAGUCUUGUUGGAAUAAGCAGUUCCAUUAUUUUCAUAAGCUCCCAAACAAUUUUCUGCGAAGUAGGGUUUUUUUCUGAGGACAUAGAAGAAAGUUAAGAGCAGCUGUGACAUAAAAUCCAACUGCAGCAGGG